CCUUAGUGUGGCUCAUGAAGUUGCGCUUUAAGACUUUACAAGGAAAAGAAUUUGACUUGGAAACCUCGCUAGAUGACACAGUUGCCGAGGUGAAGAGGAAAGUUGCUGCAGUUCAGGGCUUUGAGCAAGAUGCACUUUCUUGUAGGCUUAUUUUUUCUGGAAAAGUUUUGUCCAAUGAAAACGAGAAACUUCAAGAUUUGAACGUCAAAGAAGAUAGCUUUCUCGUUGUAAUGCCUCCGAAGAAGACUUACCAGAAAACUAUGGGGCAGUCGUCAUCGAAAACGGACGCACAAGGAAAGGAAGCCGAGACAACAAGACAAAAAGAGACUACUUCUGAAUCGGUGCAAGAGAAACAAUCCUCAACAACUGCAGUAACUAUAAACAACAACGACCGAGAUGAAACUAAAGCAACAAGUUCCAGUCAACCAACUUCAGGAACUUCGAGUGACUUUGUCAUUGGUUCACAAUAUGAAACAACUGUAAAGAACUUGAUGGAGAUGGGUUUUGAAGAACAACAGGUAAAGAGAGCACUGAGAGCUGCGUUUCAUAAUCCGGACAGAGCAGUUGAAUAUUUGUUCAAUGGUAUUCCGGAAAAUUUAGAGAGAGAACUAGGACAGACUUCUCUUCCAGAACGUACUUCUCCACAAGUGGGUCAUACGGACAGAACUGCAACGCAAGAGAACCGUACUGGUUCUUCUGGUGUUUCAUCGAUUGGAAAUCAAGCAACGGAUUCGCAACCUUUUAAUAUGUUCGAACCACAACGUUCACAAACUGCACAGCAAGGGGGUACUGAAUCAACGGGAUCAACUGGCUCACUUGAUUUCCUUACAAGAAUUCCUCAGUUCAAUGUGAUGAGAAGACUUAUCCAAGCGAAUCCUAGAAUUCUGCAGCCCAUGCUUCAAGAACUAGCUCAAGCCAAUCCAUCACUUCUAGAUUUGAUUCAUCAGAAUCAACAAGAAUUCGUUCGACUCCUCAAUGAGCCAACUGAAGAUUCUGAAGGUCUAAGUGAUGAGCAAGUUCAAGAAUUGUUGAAUAGCAUUUCCGGACUAAGUGAAGGUGGGAAUACUGGCGAAGAAAGUUCAGGUGUAUCAUAUAUUCAAGUUAGUCCUGAGGAAAGAGAGCAAAUAGAACGCUUAGAGUCACUUGUAGGGCCUAUGGGGGUUUCAAGAGCAGCUAUUCUCGAGGCGUGGUUGGCUUGUGACCGAAACGAAGAGCUCGCAGCAAACUAUAUUUUAAGUAACUUGGAAGAGUAUAUGCAAGAAGGAGGUGCAGAAGGCGAAGGAGGUGAACAGGAAAGAGAUAGAAGUUCCUGAUUUGUGUUUUUAUUCUCAAGUUUUAUGCUUCAAACACAACCAGUUCUAGUCGAUACAAGAACUUUAUAUUAUUAGAUCCAAUAUGAUAAAGCAAUUUUACGAGUAAAAUAUAUUGAAUGAGGAAGGAGUAGGAGGAAGGCUUUUUGGUCAUUGGCUU